ACAGCAGCAACAAUAACAACAACAUCACGCCGAGGCAAGUGAAGCUGUAGGUCUAGCAAACCAAAACUGAAAUCGCCCAAACUUACAAACCGACUUGCCAAGUUAUGGACUUGCGCGUGUCAUUUAAAUCAAAAUCUUGCGUCCCGGAGUUGAAGGCUGGAACCACUUAGCCGCUGCUUUCCACAUCCAAAUUCAUCAUCCAACUGAAAGUCGCCAACGGAUCCUAUAAAAUGUCCCCAAAUGGGCAGCUUCAGCUAUUCAGUUCAAGCGCCUUGGGUGUGCCAGUCUCAGGCAAGCAAAUUGCAUGCAAUCCCGUGAUUGACUUGACAGCCACGGUCGGCGACGGUAACACGAUCUAUGUCUGGCGUGGCAGCAAUCAGUUGGUCUCGAAGCAUACAGAGCGAAACCAGAAGGUUGAUGCAAUCAAGUGGAAAGAGGAUGGCCAAUUCUUAGCUGUCGGCUGGAGUGACGGCGUGGUGAGGUUGAUCGGCUUGGAAAGCAACAAAGCCGUGCAUCACAUCCGCGUGGCAGGUCAUGGUGGAAAGCCUUCUAGAAUCGAGUUCAUCGCCUGGGCCAGAAACGAAACUGGCAAGCAGUCGCGUGCCAGGAAGCAUAAUGACCUCCCCGACUUGCCGUGGCGGGAUCUCAUGCCCGAUGAGAAGAAGCAUGUUCUGGACCUCCCUCAUGAGUUGACUUUUCUGGAAAUCGAGACUGCUCUCCCCAAAAUUAGUCCUCUUCCUUUGUCGGGAGGCAUCGGGGACGAUAUGUUUGUUUUCUCUACCGCGGCAUCACUCGAGUUCGUGUUCCGCCCUUAUCAGCCCGAGAACCCGGACAAUGUACAUGUCAUGAUCACCGGCACAGCCGACGGAGGCAUUCAUCUCAGCAUCUAUGAUUCAUUUGUCAUUGGAACCUUUCAACAUGCACCGCAUACGGCCAGAGGACCUGCCUCAAACGAGGGUCCUUUCCAGCUUUGCGGUCAUAGUUCCCAUCACAAAGUGCCUACUCACGCACUCCUGCUAAGACCCAAAGAGGGUAGUCCGACAUCCCUUUUUCUUGUUCCGAUGGACCUCACUUUUGUACACAAAUCGCCCAUCAACCUGUCCUUGUUGGCGUCGAACACGACAACACUUCAGAAUCUCCUUCGAUAUCUGAAGCAGGCACAGUCACACAUGGUUAGUGAGUGGAAAUCGACGAGAGAGCUUCCUGGGCGUUUUCUACGUGGUGUUCAAGAGGACCUAGAGAGGAGUCCCAAGGGGCCGGUGACCAUUGUCCAGGCAUUGUAUCACACAGUUGCAACAGGACAUGUGUUUCCUCCGGUGAAGGAGUGGCUCGUCGACAGCCUAGCCGAGAGAGGGCAUAAGCGUUGGGAUAAAGCAGUUGUAAGCGGCCUGCAAAAUCUCAGAAGCCUCGUCCAUGAGAACUUCUUGCCUGCGCUCGAGAGGUGCGGCAUCGUGCUCAGCCGGCUCCUAGGCCUCGCUCGUUUCCACGGCUCGCGUGAGAACAUCGGCUUUACCGCCGCGCAGAUCGAGAAGCUUCUGGACAUGGUCGCGGCGCUGACCUUGGUCUCGUACAAGAUUCUACUGGCGGUCAUGGACGAGCUGGACCACUUCACUUGCUUUUCGUCAUGGCUUCGAAUGGAAAUCGAUAAACUGGCUUCGUCAUUGGCAGCUGCUGAGGAGUUGACCGAGAAAGAGGCGACUAUGGACAACGUCAAGGUCUUGACGUAUAUCCAACGAUAUUUGAUGGGCAGUCCCUUGGCUGUGUAUCUUGGUGAUGUCACCGCGGAAGAGCGCGAGAAGGAUUGGAGAGUUGUUGACAAAAGCGAUGGCACAUCUCUGCUGGAACUGGUUGAUCAGCAGUUGAAGUGUCAGGAGCGUGGUGAGCCUUAUUACAAGGCGUUACCUCAAGUCGAUCAGUUGGUAGACCAUCUCACCAGCAAGUCGGCUAUCGUAUUCAAGGAGAUUGCUGAAGCAGAGAAACGAAGCGUGCGCUUCAACGAGGCUGUGGAGAUAUCUACUGGCGAGAAGAUAUGGAGGCAUGAUAUUCAUCUGUGUUCUCGAUCUAGUGCGGCUGAGUCUGGAGUCCUUAUAUUUGUUGUUACAGUACCGGAAAGUGACAAGAACAAGAUCUUCAUUGUACGAACCGCGAUUCCGGUCGCCAACGGCGUUAGCGGCACAACCUCUAGCAGUGCAUGUAGUCUGGUCCUUCCCAACGGGGCCAGCGUGGUUGAUAUCAAGUUCUUGGACGACGAGUCUUUGCUCGUGCUAAGCCAACUCAAAGAUGAGCAAAGCCCUGCACUGGUGAGGAUCGGGUAUCAGUCACCCAACCUAACCUACACAGCAUACGAAGUAGGAGAGAGACCCCAAGCAAUCGAUAUAGGAGAUCCAGAAGUGCCGUAUGUUCCACUUUUCUUUGACGCGGUUGGCUUUGUGCCCAUCCAGAUGGAAGUUCAACAAGCGAGCAAAACCAGGGGCGAGCUUCCUGCUAGGGUCUGUUUACUAGGACGCGACAGAGCGGCCUACAAGACAUAUGCCCUUCCCGACCAGUUUGAGGCAGGUUCCGGGACUUCAGUAUCACCGAUGGUGAGAAAGUCAUGGCAGCAACAAGGAGAGGAGGAAGAUGUGGUGAUGGAGAACAGCCAGUAGAACACAGAGCGGAAGGUCGGAAAGUGCGGUAAUGCGAUUGGGGCAUGGCGAUAGCGGGAAGCGGGACCCUCAAUUACCUGGCAGGGGAUUGCACUUAUGAGUCCCGUUCGUGAUGUAUGAUUAGGAGAAGGCUGUUACAAAUGAGGAAUUUCAUUGUAUGAAUGGGAGGCAUGGAUAAGGUACCAUAUUGCUCGGUUAUCAAACCGGGUCUGUCUAGUUGCGAACAAAGAUUCCCAAGCUUUCUCGCUUGAUCGUU